CAUGAUGUAUGAAUGCUUGGACCCAUGCUCUGAUGACAUAAACGUUGGUACUGACCACACUACACUCAGUGACAGCGUGACGGGCGCCGGGCGACAGACUUCAGUUUUAUUACGAUCGUUCAUUUAUAUUUGCACAAGAUUAUCAGCAAGUGUCCUUCCCAAGUUAUAUCACUCUAUUUGCUCAGAAGACACGCAUUGUGACCGGGCGAUCAUCGAUUCACUGUGAGGGGCUAGUUUUGUUUCAUCCUGCGCUGCUGUGAUUCCUUGUAGGACCACAGUCUGGCCUUUGCUCGGAUCCGUGUGUCGCCUGUCCGAUCCACCGAUCAUGGCGUCCCUGACGACCGCCAUGCUGCUGGUGAUCGCUUCGCUGACUCGACACACAGUGGACGCGAGUGAAGCGAAAGUGAACUCCCUUUCGUUCAACUAUGGAAGCACGGCGGGCGGCACCAGGAUUACCAUAUUCGGAACAGGGUUCAGUCCUGAUCCAUUCAGCUUCGGGGAGGGCAACGAGGACAAGGGGAACCUGGUGUUCCUGCAGAAUUCGUUCUUCUCGAUUCCCUGUGACGUCAUCCCCUACUUGAGCAAUACAGAGAAAAUCGUAUGCGACACACGAUCUCUGAAAGACGAGGGAACUUUCUCAGUCUAUGUCAUUGUUGAUGGGGUACCAGUGGAGCGAUAUUGCAACAAGGAUCCCUGGUGUGAAUUCACCUACCGUGAAGCCAACACUCCAACUAUUUCAUCUGUCACUCCUAUGAGUGGACUCCCAGGUACAAAGCUUACCAUUCGUGGCAAAAUCAUCACGGACAUCUACGACCCUUCAAAAGCCUUGGAGGAUGAAGAUGACAAUUAUGAAGGCAAACCCCAAAUUCUAAGGGUUUACUGGGGAAAUUACUUCUGUGAUCCUGUUGAUCCAGAAACAGAAGAUUUCUAUAACAUCGCUUUGGAUAGUGCUGAUUCACAGUACGGAGUUAUUGAGUGUGUACCAGUGGGAACAUAUAUUGCUUCCCAAUCUCUCUCCUAUCUCGUUUCUGACGAGUACGGCCGCAGCGCCUCCGACAAAAGUAUCCUCAAAGUCAGCGGCAGGAACCAACUCUACCUCUACCAAGCACAUGCCGAUGUGCUGGACGUCAGCCCAACACUCGGCAGCACCCAAGGUGGCACUGUACUGACUAUCCAUGGACAGUACUUUGACGAGCGGAACACCAUUGUGUUUGUUCAAGGCGUUCCUUGUGAGAUUUUUAAUAUCAGCACCACAGAGAUCCUGUGCGUGACCGGACCAGCCCCUCCAGAGCAGAGCAUCUACCCCGGUGGGAGGGGCUUGGAAUAUGAAGUCUGGAGGGACACAAGUGUCAAUUUGGACGAUGCAGACUGGAAUACCAGUGCGGCAGACUAUAACUCCACCGUUGUCUUGGAGGCCAGUUCAACCCCCGAGCACGUCUUCGGCGAGGAAGAAAAUUUUGUCUCACGCCUCACAGGCUUCUUUGUACCACCUCGCACUGGGGAAUACCGGUUCUUUGUUCGAGGAGACGACCUUGUAGACCUGUGGUUAAGUUCAACUGCAUCUGCAGACAAUUUGACUAAAAUUGCCUACAUAUCAAGUCACCAGCAGAACUGGCACUCUGUAGACUCCCAGUCCUCUGAGAAACUCACUCUCAUUGGAGGUCAAAGCUAUUACAUGGAGGCCCGACAUCGCGAGUAUGGUGGCAGUGACUUUGUCCAGGUGGGCGUGGCCUUCUUUGACGUGCCCCUCAAUACCUUCAACACAUCGACUGCGACCAAUGAGCUCCAGGAAAUCGCCACCACAUCCACUGUCCACAAGGAGCUGCAGACUCUGACUGUAGUUGGGGGUUCGUAUGAGACUCAAAAGGUCUACGUUGAGCUGCCUUCAUGCCCAACAACCGUUGCUUCUAGCAAUGACAGCAGCUCAGCGUGCAACAUCUCGGGAGUCUAUAGGCUGCAGUUUGACGGGCAGAUGACAGGUGACAUCGAUGUGACUGCGUCAGCUGCCGAAGUACAAGCAGCGUUGAAUGCCAUCUUGGACCCUGAUACAGUUGCCGUGACACAGUCCAGUGACGGCUACGCAAAUACUUACACAGUGGAGUUCCACAUUGCCCAAGAGGGAAUCGCAUUGCUGACUGUGGAUCAAGAUGACCCUAACCUUGUUGUCAUGGUGACUCAAGUUAAGUCCUAUGCUCCCGUAGAGCUGAGUGAGUUUGCCCUGUUGUAUGAUGGAAUAACGUCUGUGCCACUAUCGCCGAGCUCCACGGCUGAAGAGGUUCAAAACGCCCUCCUGGAAAUGUUCAGCGUCAAGUGCUCCACCAGCGGCAGCAUCAAGGGGUAUCUGGUGCAGGACUACGAAGGGGAUAGUCUCGGAUGGAUCAACGGGGAGGUCAUUAACAGCCAGGAGCCCUACUGUGGCCGCUGGCUGAUCAAGAACCCUUACCACAUUUUCUAUGCCGGCCGGAGCCGGACGUCCGGCAGCGAAAAGGAACUUGACUCCUUUGACAUCAGGCAAUAUGAUCAGUUGUGUUUCGGCCACCGAGGUGGCAUCCAGUCGUUCAUCCAGGUUCGCAUCCACUGGAUGGACCAGGAGUUCAACGACCGGGUCAACUGGAUAAACCUCCUUGACAGCAAGCUACAAUCUUCUGAAAGCUGGUUAUACACCUGCCUAGAUGUACAUACCUUGAUCCAGUCCACCUGGGUCUAUAAUCAACACCUGAGUGGAACAGCCCUGAGAUUCGAGCGCAUCAGAGUGUUCAGGAUAGAAGGCCAAGAUCUGUUCCUUGACAACCUUUACAUUGGACGCAGUGUCCCACAAUAUGUACGCGAGCAACGUGCUGCAAGCCCAAAUGGCAUCUUUGUGCUGGACGCAUCCGUCCACAAGACCGACUUGAGCUUCAACAUCACCCUGACGCCAGCUGCUUGUGGCAAUGAUUUCCCACUGAUUGGCAUCAAGGACGCCAACAUCAGCACCAAUUCAAGCAGUGAAGUGGCAUACUGGAGUGAGACCUGGCCCUCCGACACCAUGAUCUCCGUUCAGCGGAGGGUGCCAGCCACUCCCCCGAUUGGUGGAACCUUUGAGAUUGAACUGUACGGUGUAAAUUUCGAAGUUUCAGCCCAGGCCACAGCAGACCAACUGAAGGAGGCCCUCCAAGCCAACCUGGACAUCGGCUCCUUAGAAGUGUUCAGGGAAGGCAGCUGCUCAGGCUACUCAUGGGAGGUGGAGUGGCUGUCCAAGGGAGGCAAGCAGCCCCUCAUGCAGGUGAAUGGUAGCGGACUGACAGGCUACGAGGUGGGCGUGACUUCUCAUCGUGUGGAGGAGGGUCAUGUCUUCCUGGCUCCAAUACCUGGAGAGUUCCUCAGGCUCGCCCACCCUCAGCCGCAAGUGGAGGUGAUCGUCAACAACGUCCCAUCUAGCUGUUCCCUGGGCCAGUGCUCCUUUGAGUACAGCGACAGCGUCACACCCAAAAUCUUAAGCUCUACCCCUGCAAAUGGCUCUGCCUACCAUGACACUGUCCUAACCAUCACCGGCUCCGGGUUCAGCGUCAAUGCUGGAGAAAACAACGUCACUAUCGGUGGUGCUGUGUGCGAUGUUGUCUCUUUCAAUGAGUCCUCCGUGUCCUGCGCCGUCACUGAAUCGGCAGCCGGCUUGUAUAAUAUCAGCCUGAUGGUAGAGGGUCGUGGUAAUUCCUUAUACCCGAAUGGACCGAUCACAUUCCAGUAUGAACUAGGAGUUACCAAUGUCAGCCCAACAUCUGGAAGCACAGCUGGCGGUACCCGAGUAAACAUCACAGGGUACGGCUUCAGUGAAGAUAUGCAAAGCACCUCAGUAACUAUUGGUGGGCAGUCGUGCAUAAUUGACACGAUAACGUACGAUGAAAUCCAGUGCGUCAUUGCAUUGGACACACAGGAAUCCAGACGCAGGCGACGCUCCCUCCAGGUGGACCUUAUCAUCGUGGUGAACAGCCAGACCCUCACCGAGGAGGGCAUCUUCACCUUUGACCCUUCCCUGACCCCAACGAUUUUGGGGAUCAGUCCCAACGUGUCUAGUGUGAAAGGCGGAGGCAUUUUGACCAUCUCGGGCAGUGGCUUUGGAAGCAGCGGUGCCAAGGUUACCGUCGGCAAUGCAGACUGCGUGGUCACUGCUCAGGCGGAUGGCGAAGUCAAUUGCACCAUUCCCGAGCAUUCACCGGGGACCUUCUAUGUUAUCCUGGAGGUGACUGACCAAGGGUUUGCCGAAGCCAAUGGCAUGACGUUUGUGUACCAGCUGGACGUGACAGGGAUAUUUCCAGACAGCGGCUCUGUUCAAGGUGUCACCGCGGUGACCAUCGCAGGCGUCGGUUUCGGGACAAACACCAGCGAUGUCUCGGUCAGUCUCGGCGGCGUUGCUUGCACAGUGAAUUCAGUGGCCGACAGCAGCAUCCAAUGCCUGACGACAUCCUCUGAGGCUACUCACAGUGUGGACAACUUUGGCAAGCACCAAUCGUACGGCAUCGGCUACAAAUGGAAUCCCCAGGUUCUGUCUGUGACGGCCGGUGAUGUCGUGGUAUGGCAGUGGUCAGUGCAACAGCAGGUCACUGGCAUCGGGUACGCCGUCAUGCAGACGGCCGAUGCUGAUGCGGUCAUGUACGACGGUCAGGGAUUCUACAGCGGGGAACGAUCCUCCGACGGUAAUUUUGCCUACCGAUUCUCCACCCCGGGCACUUAUUACUAUUCUAGUGGCCCUGUGGAUGAAGAUGGCAACCUCUACAUGAAGGGAAUAGUCAAAGUCAACGAGCCCACAGCAACAUCCAACAAAGUGGUGGUUACUGUGGGAGGAUAUGACGCCUUGCAUGACACCCAGUCAGAUGUUGGGGAACCCAUGAGUUCAGACAACUGUUCAGGUAGUAGCAUGGCUAUCCCAUCAUGUAAUGUGCCCCCGGCUGAGCAACCCGACUCCUCCAGUUUCUACUUCUCCUACUGGGCCUGCAAGACGCCCAUCGUGGACGACUUUGGUCCCAAAGUGGGCACCCCAGAUCAGAUCAUCAAUGUCACUGGGUUGGGCUUUAGUGAUGUGCCGUGCGAGAAUGAGAUCUCGUUCGGCAGCUACUCUUGCAUUCCUCAGAUGGCCACAAAUGUCUCCGUCACCUGCCUGAUGGACACCGCUGGCAGCAUGCCAGUCGGUCAGCCCCUGUCCAUCUCACUGGUGGUAAAGAACCUUGGCCGUGCCCUCGUUCAGAUUCCGAUGCCAGCUGACCGUGGUUUCACCCUCAAGCCACAGAUCGACGCACUGUCUACCCACAGCGGGGGAAUCACUGGCGGCACGGAGGUCGUCAUCUCGGGGAAUGGCUUCUCGUCCGACACGGUGUCAGUGUGGAUUGGCAGCAGCGGCUGCCUGGUCCAGUCAGUCACCUACAUGCAGGUGGUGUGCAAGACAACACCGGCCACGGCAGGGAGUGCUGAGCUCCGUCUGGAGAUCAACUCCCAGUGGGCUGCAUGCAAUGAUGACUGCAGCUUUGAGUUUUCUGAAGCCAUGACGCCUGUCGUGGAUGGAAUCUCCCCAACCACUGUCUCCGGUGCCAGCACUUCCAUCCAGAUCCUUGGCUACGGAUUUGUUAAUGAGACCUCAGACAUCACUGUGAUGAUCGGCGGGGUUGCCUGUGUCGUGACAAAUGCCUACGACGAGGAGAUACAGUGCGACGUUGGGUAUGUGUCCGUUGGCGACCAGCCUGUGGUUGUCAAUAUCGCUGGCAAGGGUGAUGCCUAUUUCAACGUCAGCAAUAUCGUCACAAGUGCCAUGGUCAUCGACAGCAUCGACCCAAGCUCUGGUAGCACAGAGGGAGGACAAUCCAUCACCAUCCUGGGUAGCGGUUUUGUGGAUGGUAGCACCACAGUUGACAUUGAUGGAUCAGACUGUGUCAUUGAGAGUGUGUCCCUGUAUGAGAUAAUCUGCGUGACAUCUGACCAUGCUGCAGGAGUAGUUGACCUUGUGGUGACCUCCCAGGGUGAAGAUUACCCAGCCGCCAAUUACGAGUACUCAGCUUCCGACACGCCGACAAUAAGUUCAAUCACACCAACCUCGGGCGUCACUGGCGACAGCAUCACAAUAUCCGGUUCCAGCUUCAGCACCAACACGUCCGACGUGGCCGUCUUCAUCGACGGUGUGGUCUGCACCGUCAGUAGCGCAGCCGAUGAUUCCAUCGCGUGCAGCGUAGGCCCCCACUCAGCUGGCACCUAUGCUGUGGUGAUCUACAUCAAGGGCAAGGGCUUGUCUGGCAGCGACACCAUGUUUGAGUACGAGCUGACGCUGUCGUCAGUCAGCCCUGUUGAAGGAAGUUUUGGUGGAGGUCGCAUCCUGUCUAUUGAUGGAGCUGGCUUUGAUGAGACAGCCAUUGUCAUGGUUUGCAACAAUUCCUGCCCGAUCAGCAACAGCACGUCCUCAUUGAUUGAGUGUGAAGUGCCUGCCAACUCAGGUAGUGGCGAAGUAGUCUGUGAUGUCACUGUCACCCUGGCCAGCGGUGCCACGUCCACUGAGUCGGACGCCUUCACCUACAAGACCAGCCUGACACCAGUCAUUGACUCUGUGGAGCCUCGCCGCGGGGGCACUGCAGGUGGAACCACCCUCAACAUCACCGGCUCUGGUUUUGAGUCAUCCGGAAAUGUUGUGACCGUUGGAGGGUCCCCCUGCACCGUCCAAUCAGAAUCGACCACGGAGAUCAUCUGUGAGACUGGACCCCAUAGCCCGCCUGAGAUGACCAAAGUCCGGGUGGAGGUUGGAAACAACGGAAUUGCGACCCAGGAUAACGCUGACUUCUACUACAUUGAUGUGUGGUCGUCUCGCUACACCUGGGGUAACCAAGAUCCGCCAGUUGAGGGCGACUUUGUUGUGGUGCCAGCCGGCCAGACCCUACUUUUGGACAUCAGCACCCCCAUCUUGAAAAUGCUUCUCAUCCAAGGUGGCAAGGUGAUGUUUGAUGAGGCGGACAUCGAGCUCCAUGCCGAGAACAUCCUGAUUGUGGAUGGAGGCCACCUGCAGGUGGGCACGGAGGAAGAACCAUUCCAGCACGAGGCCACCAUCAUGAUGCACGGCCACGUCCGCUCCACUGAGCUGCCACUGUUUGGCGCCAAGACCCUGGCCGUUCGCAACGGCACCCUGGACCUCCACGGUAAGCCAGUCCCAAUCACGUGGACCCGGCUAGCCCAGACAGCCGGUGCAGGUGCCACUCGAAUGGUGUUGGAGAAGUCAGUGACUUGGAAGGCCGGGGAUCAGAUAGUCAUUGCAUCCACAGGACACAGACACAGCCAACGCCAGAACGAGUUCCUCACAAUCACAGCUGUUUCUGGGGACGGCACCGUCUUGGACUUUGAGCCAGCCUUGGAAUACGAACACUACGGCUUCACCCAGGUGGUGGAGGGCGUCGUGCUGGAAAUGCGCGCAGAGGUCGGAAUGGUGACCCGUAACGUCAAAUUCAGGGGAUCAGUCCAGGAGGAAUGGGUGGAGACCUACGAGGCCUGCCCUGAGGAAUUUGACACGAAUCAAUUUGCCACCCAGACAUGUUUCCUCGGUCGUUUUGGUGAGGAAACAGGAAGCGACCAAUUUGGUGCACAGAUGAUGCUGUUUGCCAAGUACCAGGACCAACAACUGGUCAAAGGUCGCAUCGAGUACGUUGAGGUCACCCAUGCUGGGCAAGCCUUCCGGCUGGGUCGCUACCCAAUCCACUUCCAUCUCAAUGGGGACGUGUCGGGAUCCUACGUGCGAGGUUGCGGUAUCCACCACACCUUCAACCGCGCCGUCACCAUCCAUGCCGUGCACAAUCUCCUCGUGGAGCACAACGUGGCAUACAAUGUUAUGGGCCACGCCUACUUCCUGGAGGACGGCAUCGAAACAGGUAACAUCAUUCAGUACAACCUUGGCGUCUUUGUCCGCCCCAGUAGCAGCUUGCUCAACGUGGACAUCACCCCGGCCACCUACUGGGUUACCAACCCGGACAACAUCGUCCGUCACAAUGCAGCAGCUGGGGGCUCCCAUUUCGGCUUUUGGUACAACAUGCCGACCAACCCUGGAGGUCCUUCAUUCACCUCUUCCAUCUGUCCCCGCAAGGUCCCCCUGGGAGAAUUCCGCAAUAACUCCGCCCAUGCCCAGGGCUGGUAUGGCAUCUGGAUCUUCCCGACCUACACUCCUAAAGUGGGCGGAGGCUGCAACUCCUGGGAGGAUGAACCGGCCAAGUAUUAUAGCCUGUACGCCUGGGAGACGGAGCGUGGUGCAGAGGCUGUUGUCUCUGGCGCCAUUCAGUUCCACGACUUUGUCAUCUCGGAUGCAGACAAGGCCGGAGUGGAAUACCAGGACAUUGGUGCCCCUUGGGGUGGUGCCCUGGUCAAGAACCUGACUGUGAUAGGGUACAGUAACAUAUCAGAUCCCAGUGAGUGCACAGAAGCAGGUGUUCAGGGGCCAAAGGCUGAUGGCCUGACUGUAGAUGGCGCCAAAUUCAUCAACUUUGACCAGUCUCGGUGCGCAGCCUUCCGGACCUGUGGCCACUGUAAGGUAGACCAGGGGGGUUUCUCGGUCCGCACGCAGGGCCUGGAGUUCCUCAACUCUCCCAAUAAGGCAGCUUUCAAGUGGCAGCAUGAGGUGUGGAUCGAGGACAUGGAUGGUACUCUCACUGGGAUGACCGAUUACAUCGUCCUCCCAAGCAAUCCUAACCUUCCCUCUGACCACUGCACCCAGGAGGCUGGCUACAGUGUCGGUUUUUCAGGCUCACACUGCGACACAACAGUCCGUCUCCAUCGCCUGGCUUUCAACAACCCAUUGCCCUCCUCCCUCAGGUACAAGAACACCCUGUUUACCAACGCACAGGGUACAAGCCGCAUACCUUAUCACAAGAAGCGUAUCACGCACCCCGAAGGCUGGAUGAUCACCCUUAUCGAUGGGGACAACUACAACAUGAUUUUCGAGAACGUGGACCAUGUCACCAACAUUUCUUACACUGCCCGCUUCUACAACUUUGAUGAUGGGGACUAUGUGUUGAUCAACCACAACUUCACCCAGAGGCCCGAUAAAUUUGCCACGAUCGGCAUAAUUGAGAACAGCACUGAAAGUGUACCAACUUAUGCUGCAAAUGAAAAUGGUGAUUGGCACUUUGAAAAUGAGACCAGAAUCUUGACUUAUAUCGUGUCGGGCAAAGGUGAGUCAGGACCGGUCAACAGAGAUGUUGACCUGGACGUCUACCAGUGCUUCUACCUGGACUGCCUCCCACCCGUUCCUGAGAUCCCCGAACCACCCCCUGCUGGCCGGCCAGUCGACGCCCGUCUGUGGUCAGACCCAUUAUCUUGGGAUGACGUGGAGUCUGGCUGGAGCGGAAACCUGAACGGCUCGGUAACCAACGUAAUGAUUAUGCCAUCGGUCUGGAUGGUUGCAGAUGUCCAACUCCCUGUCAUGAACAAGCUCUUCAUUUACGGUGCCCUGGAGAUUGAAGAUUCCCAGGACAACAAGCUGGAGGCCACCUACAUCCUGAUCCAGGGAGGCCGGCUGGUCAUCGGCUUCUCCGAUUCCAACCCCUUCCAGCACGAGAUGAAGAUCCUACUGAACGGACACCACUUCACCCCCGACCAGCCCCUGCCUAAUGGGCCUAACCUGGGCUCCAAGGCUCUUGGUGUAUUUGGAGGCCUAGACAUCCACGGCAAAAAUCGCAGCAUCUACUGGACCCAGCUGUCUGCCACUGUCUCCCCUGGUGACAGUACCCUGACUGUGAAGGAUGAGACAGACUGGGAGGUCGGGGAUGAGAUUGUCGUGGCAACCACCUCCUAUGAAGCGUGGCAGACGGAGACUUUCAAGAUUGAAGCUGUCACUGAUGCCUCUACCUUCCAAAUCAAUGGGACCUUUGCCUUCAGACACAUUGCGGAAUACAAUGAUGACUAUGUCUUAGCAGCCGAGGUGGGUCUCCUGACUCGCAACAUCAAGAUUGAAGGCAACGACUAUGACCUUCUGUUCGAUGAGUCCUACGGGGCCCGUGUCUUGGUUGGACGAUUUUUCCAGGAUGGAGUCCAGUACAAAGGGUACGCCCGUAUUUCCAACGUGGAGUUCUACCACUCGGGCCAGGAGGGCUGGUCGGACUUCUUUGAUCCCCGCUACUCCCUGGCCUUCCUGGACGUGGGGGAGAUCACUGCAGAAGCCCCGUCUUCCGUCAAAGGUUGCAGCUUCCACAAUGGCUUCAGUCCGGCCAUCGGUGUGUUCGGCACUGAUGGACUUGUGGUCAGAGACAAUGUGAUUCACCACACCGUUGGAUCAGCCAUCAUUGUUCGAGACGACAACACCCAACUCAUCCACAACCUGGUGACCCUGAUGGUAUUCCCCGGCACCUACCAGGAUCGCUUCGAGUCUGAGAACCUGGAUUGGAAUGCCGGCAUUGAGGUGGACAAAGCAGACAAGGUUGUCCUGAUCAACAACACGGUGGCCGGCUCGGAGCGGGUGGCUUUCAAGGUCAGAGGAGAGGCUUGCUUUGACCCACCCAACCCGCUGACAGACUGGUACGGCAAUGUUGGCCACUCCACCCUCCAUGGCAUCCACAUCUUCCUGUCGCCCAUCCUGCCUUGCACCAAGGUGGCCAAUUUCCUGAUCUACAAGAGCUGGGACUUUGGCAUCUACCACCAGAGCACAGCCAGGGUGCUGGUAACCGACGUAAAACUGGUGGAUAACAAGAUAGCCAUCCUGCCUAUCGUCUUCAGCCCUGCGGCCCUCUCCCACAAAACUUCCGACAAGUUUGUCCGGGUCAAGGACUCGCUCAUCGUGGGUGUCAGUGACUCGUUUGAGUGCUCCAGUGACAGCGUGGUGCCGGAGAAUGCUGUACAAAGCAGCCGACAGCGGGCCCCUCGUGCCCCAGGUGGGGGCCACUCAGGUCUGGUCUGGCCCAGCUUUGCCUCUGGCCCAAACCUGGCCCCCUUUUUCGCCUUCCAUCCUGUUGCGAGCUACCCCAUGAUCAACGGGGUCACUCAAGUUCAGAAUGUUGACUUCCGCAGUUUCGGUGAGCACUGCGGGAAAACGGAUGCGAUGAUCGUGACUAAUGCCGCCUCUGAAGACGCACUUCACCCAAUUGAGAUCUCAGGAAUCACAAUGACAAAUGUGGAUGAGGCUCGCAAAGUAUUCCUCCACAGACCAAACGUAGGGUCUGUGAACCCCUCGGACUGUGUCGACAUGGACUGUGAUGGCAUGAAGAAGGCCAUGAUUCGUGACCUGGACGGCAGCCUGCUGGGCUCCCCUGGCACCCUCAUCCCCCAGUCAGAGUUUGAGUGGGAUGGCGACCCGCGCCGCGGCCUAGGCGACUACCGCAUACCCAAAGUCAUGCUGACCAGACCGGAUGGCUCCAGGAUCCCCGUAGAGGAUAAGGCGCCGAAUAAGGGCAUCUAUCGAGGACACAACAAUGAGUGCACAUUCAACUCCAACUGGCGGGCGUAUGAAUGCCACGGAAUUGACCACAGGAUGCUGGUAGUGGAGAGCAUGGACGCUGACACCGAAGUCCGCCGCCUGACGCCGCUGGCCAUGUACAGUGACAGCUACGUGGACUUGAUCAAUGGGCCACAGGACAACGGCUGGUGCCAUGGGUACACUUGCCAGGAACGUAUCAGCACUCUCUACACCAUCGUGGCCACGGGCAAAGACUACGAGGUGUACUUCACCAGCACCAACCCUCAGGUUCUGCGCCUCCACCUGCUGAACUCGGAUGAGAACCAGGCAGUGGUCCUGGGCAUCUGGUACGCCAACCCCCAGCGACUUGAUGUCUACUACAAGAAUGAAUAUGUGACACCAACCAACGCUGACUACAGCACCGGCGAAUUUACCUGGAAGGCCAAAGACCCAUCCCUUCCUGCCGACCAGUACAACCCCUCGGUCACGUCCAAUGUGCAUGGUGAGAACUACUUCGAGCGCGAUACCCAGACCCUUUGGCUUCUGGUCAAGGGCCCUGUGCCCGUGGAGAUCCGCACCACGGCCGUCAUCAUGGUCACCUUCGGCGUGCCGGCCGUCUCAGUGGACAACUUCUACGAGGAUGCCAACCUGGUGCGCAACCUGGCCGCCCUGCUCAACGUGGACCAGUCACAGAUCCGUGUGGUGGACGUGGUGAGUGAGUCGAGUGGGCGCCGGCGCCGCCGUGCCGCGGAGGGGGAGGCGGAGGUGAUUAUGGAGAUCGGCCCCCCACCAUCGGAGACGAUAGACUCACCGGGAUCUGAUACUGUGAACCAGACGAGCUCCAAUACGACAACAGCUGCCCCGCCGAGUGGUUCAACCCCUGCACCAGGUGGCAACCUGAACUUUGACGAUCUGGUGGAGGUCCAGUCCAUCCUUGCUGACACCAUGCAGUCUGGUGACCUCGGCGAUGCCCUCAACAUCACCGUCACCUCCAUGCUGAUGUCAGAUCCCGUGGCCGUGGUGGUUGACCCAACUGGUGGUGUUCGUGCCACCAAUGAGACAGGGGGCAGCAGUGACGUGCCCAGCGGAACCAAGACGUAUGAUGAGUUGAUGCGGGAGGAAGAGGAACAGGAGAACGCCAACUUGGAGCUUGAGAUUGAGUACCGCACCCCGGUGGCCCUGGUCCUGCACACCCAACCUGACGGAGCCCGAGAGGGAGCCGUCCUGACCCAGCAACCCACAGUGUAUGCCGUUGAUGCCCUGGGCAACAUUGUCCCUCAGCUGGGAGCUCGGCUGAACCCCUGGCAGCUGACCGUCUCCAUCAACCCCUCCACCCCCAGUGCUGACACAAUCCAGCUCACGGGCAACCUUACCGUGGCAUUUGAUGGCAGCUGGGCCAACUUCACGGAUUUGACCCUCGACGUCCAGGCCUCAGGAGUCAUCCUUGACUUCCAGAUCACCUUGCCCAACACUUCCAGCCUGGAAGUCAGUGCCCAACCCUUUGAUGUGGCAGUCCGGCCGUAUUACCUGAUGGCACUGACUUCGCCCGAUGCGGCAUCCAUUAACUCAACUUUUGACGUGAUUGUGGAAUUGAGGGACGAGAUCACUAUGCUGGUCCCACAAAACCUGUCUGCCAAAGGUCUGGAGUGGCAUGCUCUGAUAGCCCUCAACAUGCCCACCAACUACAGGGGCCAAUUGCGGGGUCAGCUGGAAACGACUUUUGACCUGGCCACUGCCCAGGCACAGUUCACCAAUCUGUCCAUAGAUGCAGCCGGGGUGAGCUACAUCCUGGCGGUCAGCGUGGAGACCAUCCCGUCUAGUGCCUACCAGCUUGGUCUGAUGCUUGACCCUUUCGAUGUGGUAGACCCCAGCACUGUCAACGUGACCGGGCCAACAAGACGCCUGAUGCUGCGCUUCGACGUCAGCUACGACGAGGUGGUGGCUGGCAAGGAGGACCUGCUGGAGAUCAACUUCCUGAACUACAUCAACGGCCGGUACACUGGUGUACUAAUCAGCAGUGUUUUGAUUGAGAGAGGGUCCGUCCUGAUCUCCUUUGACAUGCAGGGUGAUGUCGACACAGCUGUGGACGAGCUGUGGAUGGACCUCCAGGGAGGGAGCUUCAGCCUGGAGUUUGACGGCUAUACCCUGCAGGCUGAGUCGUACCUGUUAGUGAACGGCGAGGAGUAUGGUGUGCCAACGGAGCCGCCUGCGGGAUUUCCCAUUUGGGCAAUUGCUGUGAUUGUCGUCGUUGUCUUGGUGGUAGUUCUGCUCAUUGUCCUUGUCAUUGUCAAGCUUUGCUGCACACGAGGAAAGACAGUGAGCAGCGUGGAGGCAGCGCCACUGACUGAGAGCUUCAAGCUGAAGGAGUUUACCAGCUCCGGCUCCCUCAACAAUCCCCUGCUGAAGGUGGACCAUGAACCAGACGGAUCAGCGUUUGAUCCAUAUGCCAACGGGUCUCCCAACACGCCGAGACGCACCCCAGAAGUGGAGGUGACAGCCCUGCCACCAGGCUUCACCGAGUCUACCGGCCAAGAAGAACGACUGCUGGAGGAGCGCAUCAAGAUGAUGAUCAUGGUCAAGAACUCUGACGGCACCUUCCAGAAGCUGGGCGCCGUCCAGGCCAACAAGGUGGGCACGGCCCGGGCCCUGAGGGAGGACGUCAAACGCGCCCUGCCGGCCAAGCUGCGGGACAAGAAGUUCAUCCUGCUGGAUGAGACGCUGAAGGACAUUGACGGGCCACGAGAGAAGAAAGCCAUGCUGUCAGAGAUCUACCGCUCCGAGUGCGUGCUGAUGCGCUGGGUCAGAGACCAAGAUGUGGCCAAGCUGUGCGUGUGUGGCCUGGUGGGACAGUUUGAGUGCUCCCUCUGUCGACGGCAGACCUACUGCAGCCCCCAGUGCCAGUCCACUGACUGGGUGCGCCACAGCAUGCAGUGUUCCAGCUACGCUGUGGCUUCAGUCGACAACCCUCGCUUGUAGAACCCCCUCUUGCACAUCCCGGACAUGAUUUAUAUUCCCUUUUUUGUUUGUUUCCAGUUUGUAAUUCCAUCCAGAGGAGCACCUUGAUUCAGAUUUUUAUUUUUGAUGUUUUAAUAUCUAAAGUUUAGAAAUGCAUAGCUUAUAGGUGUGUAUGACCUAUUGUUGUACAAAAAAGUUUAAGUGUGAUUUUGUGAUUUUUUGUUUUGCUCUUUAUCUAUAAUUUGAUCAAUUCAGUCAUUUGUGUGCACAAACAUUAUUAGUAGAUUGGAGUUCUUUGAUUCGAAAAAAAUUUAAUACACAAAAAAGAUGUUGCUUAUUUUAUUUUGUAUUUUAUGAUAAAAGCAAUACCUCAAAUUGUAGCAUUUGAUCUACAUCUUCCGACUGCAGAAGAGGCCUGCCGGAAUAUGGCCAUACAUUUUUUUUUCGACAGUCAUUUGCAAAAGUUCCAAUCAAAGACCUCAAGAUCUAAGGAAAUGCCAAGUGAUCUUAUGGAUUUAUUUCAGGUAAUAGCUCUUAUAUGUAGUACUUUUGGAUGAUUUUGAUGUUUUUAGUCAUUUUGGCAGCCUGCACUGCAGCAUGUAAGUUAUACAUAAUUUGAAGUAGUGGUGUGCAUAUUAAGGAUAUUGACAUAGUUAAUGAUUUUUGUACAAGAUUGAUGUAAAUUUUUUUGUACCGGGUAUAGAAUGUUUGUAUUGCUUAAAUAUGGCAUUUCUACUUUAUCACUUUAAAUUAUCUGUAAAAUAAAAUUAUAUGUUUGUACUUCUUAAAUGAUUAUUAAUAUCAAAGUAUUCAUACUUUGACCAUAGAAAAGAGUGUAGAGUACUGUAUGUCAUUGGUGGUGACAUAAUGUCAUUAAAGCCAGUUGUGCCAAAAAAGGGUCAUCAUCAAGCAGUCAUACUCUCCUGGAAACUUGAAAUGGUCACAGGAAAUAGCUUUAUGGACCAAAAUUACAGGGGUAAUAAUGACUUUAUAUGGUGGCCUAUAAAUGCCACUGUUGAUGUUCUUAGGCACUUCACUGAUACAUCUUAUUAUUACCAUUGCAAAGCCAUAACUGUUUCACUGUACACAUUUGUUACCUGUUUUGAGGGUUUGCCAACUGUUAUAAUCCUUUUACGGUAGAGAGGAACUCAUUCUAAAAAUUCUGAUCGAGUGUGUGAUGCAAAAAGCCAGUUGCUGAAGGUUUUGUUGAUUCUUCAUCAGUUCCAGGAUGGAACUUUCAUCUAAUUAUACACUUUAUAUGCCUUGUUGUCAAAAAGUGUGUGUCUGUAGUUGUAAUGAGCAUUGCUCUUUUUUGACUGACAUUCCACUCAAUUUAUAGAGAGUUUUAACCAACUUGUGAAGAGAAUAUUUUGUGAGAAACAUUUUCUUUUUCUAAUGUUUUCGUUGAGUAAGAAUUAGGGUUAGUGGAAUGUAAAUACUUAAUUAUAGGCUGACCAUUGUAGUUCACAUCAAAGCAAAAGGGCUGAAUAAUUUUAUUUGUAAAAAGGAGAUUUUUACUGUGAGAGUUGAAUAAUGUAUGCAUCAUCUUGUUUUAUGAAAAAAAAACGUUAGCAGUACCUGAAUGAUGGAAGGCUUGAUAUAAUAUUUUUGCCAUACACUACAGAAGAUCAGCCUAUCUUUUAGCAUGCUUCAUCUGUGAAAGAAGUUCUUUCACAGAUGAACCAUGCUAAAAGAUAUACAUUUACUUACAUACUAUUUUCUCAAAAUAGUGCACAUUGUGGUCAGUAUAUUUUACAUAAUCUCGAGAGUACUAUUUUUAUCAGUUGAGUAUUUUGUUAGUUUUGUAGUAUUGUGUGUGUGUGUGCCAUCAUGGAAUAAAGUUUGUGCUGAAAAAAAA